AUGCAUCCAUCAGAGGAGGUCGAUCACUUUCAGGUCUCAAACGCCAGGGCGUCUGACCUCUCAGAAAUAACAAUCACCGACGACAUGCACAGACAGAUUGAGAAUCUUGCACGCCAAGUCACAGCUACCUCCAGACCACAAAGUCUCCAUGCUCAAGAUGACGUUCUCAACCCGCCAAUAAACAGCCAUCUGGACCCGUCAUCCCCUAAUUUUGACUCUGCAGCGUGGACGAGAGCCUUCAUAAGCCUGUACGAGUCAGACCCUGCGUCAACACCAAGCAGAUUGACGGGGGUUGCCUUCAAGAACCUCAACGUCUUCGGAUACAGCACCGGUACCCAAUACCAAAAACGCACAGGCAACAUCGCGCUGAGUAUAGCAACAAAUCUUGUUGGGCUUGCGACUGGUAGAACGAAGGGAAGGAUCGACAUUUUGCAAGACUUCGAGGGCCUUGUCGAGCCUGGUGAGAUGCUUCUUGCCCUUGGCCCACCUGGAUCGGGCUGCUCGACAUUGCUCAAGACACUUGCUGGUCAGACUGAAGGACUCAAUGUUUCAACAGAUUCAUACAUGAACUUUCGAGGCAUCAAUCCCAGGUACAUGCACGACUGGUUCCGCGGCGACGUACUAUAUAAUGCCGAGGUUGACGUGCACCUGGCCCCUCUCACAGUUGGCGACACUCUGGAAUUUGCCUCAAGAGCCCGAGUUCCAACGAAUGUCCCAGCCAGUCUCACGAGCAAGCAGUAUGCUCGCAUCAUGCGGGAUGUACUCAUGGCUGCCUUUGGUAUUUCACACACGAUCAACACGAAGGUCGGCGAUGAUUUCUGUUGGGACAACAGCACUCGCGGCCUCGAUAGCGGCAAUGCUAUUGCCUUUUGUCAGAAUCUCCGGACGCAAGCAGACUUGUUGAAUGUGGCAGCCGUGGUGGCCAUUUAUCAGGCGCCGCAGUCUGCUUAUGAUUUGUUCGACAAAGUGACGGCUCUUUACGAAGGCCGCCAGAUUUACUUUGGAAGGAUUGAACGAGCGAAAUCGUAUUUCGAAGACAUGGGAUUUAUGUGCCCCGAGAGGCAAACCACCCCCGACUUCCUCACCUCCAUGACAUCUCCAAGUGAGCGACGCAUCAGACCCGGGUAUGAGAACAUGACGCCUCGAACUCCGGACGAAUUUGCAGCCAGAUGGAAAGCAUCGCCGGACCGAGCAGCUCUCAUGACUGCCAUUGAAGCUUACGAAAAGACCCACCCGGCCAAAGACCGACUUGAAGAGUUUCAGCAGAGCAUCAAAGCCGAAAGAAGUCCCAUGCAACGAAUGAAGUCUCCGUACAUGAUCACGUACCCUCGCCAAGUGAGGCUCUGUCUUUGGCGGGGCUGGAAGCGUUUGGUUGCCGAUCCCGGGUUUACGAUUUCGUCGCUUGUGUACAACAUUAUCGUGGGGUUCGUGCUGGGAAGCAUGUUCUUCAACCUCAAGACUGACUCGAGCACAUUCUACUAUCGAGGAGGCAUCAUUUUCUUCGCGCUAUUAUUCAAUGCUUUCGUCAGCGAGAUGGAAGUUCUUACCCUUUAUGCACAAAGACCCGUCGUCGAGAAGCACAACCGCUACGCUCUUUAUCACCAAUCCGCCGAGGCUAUCUCCAGCUACAUUAUAGAGCUUCCCUACAAAAUCACCAAUGUCCUCACUUUCAACUCGAUUCUCUAUUUCAUGGCCAACUUGAAUCGCGAGCCUGGGCCCUUCUUUUUCUUCUGCUUGGUCUCGUUUGCAGUCUUACUCGCCAUGUCCGGUAUUUACAGAACCAUGGCAUCGCUCGCGAGAACGUCACACCAGGCUAUGGUGCCUGUCACACUUGUCACCCUCGGAGUCAUGAUGUACGCUGGGUUCACCGUGCCAACCUCGUACAUGCAAGGUUGGAGUCGAUGGAUGGGAUACAUCAACCCCCUGUCCUAUGCUUUCGAGGCCUUGAUGGCGAAUGAGUUCCACGGGCGCACCUUCAAGUGCGAUAAUCUCGUGCCAUCUGGGCCCGACUACGAUCAGUUGCGCCUCAGCGGACGAACCUGCUCUGUAGUCGGAGCUGUUCCUGGCUCAGAUGCGAUCGAUGGCGACCGAUACAUUGAAGAGUCUUUCGGCUACUUCAACAGUCACAAGAACGUCGGUAUUCUGUGCGGCUAUAUUGUGUUCUUCUUCAUCACCUACAUCAUCACUGCUGAGUACGCCAAGCCACCCAAGAGCGAAGGAGAGGUUCUCGUCUUUCGACGCGGCAAGGCCCCUGCUGGCGUUGACGACAAGGCCCACAUGGACGAGGAGAGCCAACGCAAGGAGACCACAGUCAUCGAGAUGGAGCAUCUUUCUCGUCCAGAGAAGCAAGGAACCGAGCACCGACCACGACCAAGUGCUGGCGGAAAGCCCAUUUUCCACUGGGAGGAUAUCUGCUACGAUGUCAAGAUCAAGGGCCAGGACCGCCGCAUCCUAGACCACGUUGACGGUUUUGUGCAACCAGGCGUCAUCACAGCUCUCAUGGGGGCAUCCGGUGCAGGGAAGACGACCUUGCUAGAUGCCUUGGCAACCCGUGUGACGAUGGGCGUUCUGUCCGGCGAUACCAUGGUCAACGGUCAGCCUACCGACAAAUCUUUCCCCCACCGUGUCGGCUAUGUGCAGCAGCAGGAUGUGCAUAUGGACACCAUGACGGUUCGCGAGGCGCUGGAGUUCAGUGCGUUACUCAGGCAGAGCGCGGAGAUCCCGACGUCUGCAAAGCUAGCCUAUAUCGACGAAGUAAUUGACCUGCUUGACAUGGGCGACUUCGUCGACGCAGUGAUCGGCGUCCCUGGACAAGGUCUCAACGUUGAGCAACGUAAACGUUUGACUAUCGGGGUUGAGCUUGCUGCACGCCCACAGCUACUCGUAUUUCUGGACGAGCCCACAUCAGGCCUUGAUUCACAAACAUCUUGGGCCAUCUGCGAUUUGAUUGAGAAGCUUGCCAAGAGCGGACAAGCGGUCCUCUGCACGAUACACCAACCGUCGGCGAUGCUGUUCUCCCGCUUCGACAGGUUACUAUUGCUUCAGCGCGGCGGCAAAACGGUUUACUUUGGAGAAAUUGGCACCAAUGCCAGGACUAUGAUUGAAUACCUCGAACGCAACGGCGCGCCGCCGUGUCCUCCUGAUGCCAACCCCGCGGAAUGGAUGCUCAAGGUUACGACUCUUUCCGAGGACGGACCAAACUGGUUUGAAAUCUGGCGUUCUUCUGCCGAGUAUCAAGAUGUCAAGGAGGAACUUCGUCUCCUCCGCCAGCUGGCAGAAGGUCAAACCAGCCAGGGUGACCCGUCCUCAGAGCACGAGUUUGUCACCUCGUUCUGGACGCAGUUCGUCCAAGUCUUCUCCCGUACAGCCAAGCACUUCUGGCGGUCGCCUGUCUAUAUCUGGUCGAAGCUCACUCUCACCAUCCUGCUGGCUCUGUACAUCGGCUUCACCUUCAAGUCAGACAACAGUCUCCAAGGCUUGCAGAACCAGCUUUACGCCUUCUUCAUGUGCUUGACAACCGUCAACGAGUUCAGCAAGCAGGUGAUGCCCAUGUUCAUCCCCCAACGAGCGCUUUACGAAGUCCGUGAGAGACCGUCUCGAGUCUAUCGGUGGACCACAUACCUUCUCUCCAACGUCGUCAUCGAGAUGGUCUGGAACACCAUAGCAGCCGUCGUAUUCUUCUUCUGCUGGUACUACCCGGCGCGGUUCUUCCGGAACACCACUCCCGACGAUGUGAGCAUACGCGGUUUCACCGUCUUCCUCUUCAUCUGGAUGUUCUUCCUCUGGACGAGCACCUUCUCGCAGCUCGCCAUCGUGGCUAUUGAGACUGCCGACCUCGCCAGCAUACCGGCAAGCUUCCUCGCCAUCCUAUGCAUGUCCUUCUGCGGCAUCAGCGUCAUACGCGCCGACCUGCCAGCCAUUUGGAGUGACUUCAUGUACUACGUCAGUCCCAUGACCUACCUCGCGUCCGGAGCGUUGUCGACCUGCCUGCACGGGUCAAAGGUUGUGUGCACGUCGAAAGAGAUUGUGAAGGUGCCUGUUCCCUCGAAUUUGACUUGUGGUGAUUUUCUUGGGCCGUACGUGCAGAGUGCUGGAGGAUACCUUGUCGAUGCAGCGGCGACGGACGCUUGCGGGUAUUGUCGCAUGGCGACCACGGAUGAUUACCUUGCGCAUUUCAACAUCAGGUACGACGACCGGUGGAGGAACUUUGGGCUGCUUUGGGUCUAUAUUGGCUUCAACAUUGUGGUGGCCUGCGGUCUUUACUGGCUUGUGAGGGUGCCGAAGGGACAGGGCGUUAAGCGGAAGUAG